AUGGAGUCUCUGCUGACUACCUUGAAGUGCAAGCUCUUUUCAUUCUCUCUUGGCGACAAAGCUUCAAGAUGGUUGAAGUCUCUGCCAGCUCACUCCAUCACCACUUGGGAUGAGUACAAGGCUGCAUUCAUCAACCACUUCUACACCAACAAGAUCAAUUUCUGUGAGAAACAAGAUCUCCACUUUCGCCAAGGCAACAAUGAAUCUUUCUAUGAGGCGCUAGAUCGAUUCAAGGAGUACAUUAGGGACUGCCCUAAUCAUGGUUUCAAUGAGGGAAACCUAUGGAACAUCUUCUAUCGUGGCAUAGACCACAAGUACAAGCUUUCAUUGGAUACUGCAAGCAAUGGAAACUUCAUGACCAAGACUGUUGAUGAAGCUAAGGUUCUUAUUGAGAAUCUUGCAGCUAGUGAUUGUAACAAUUGUCCUGAUUAUGACCGCUCAAGCCGCACCACUACUAGCUCCCCUGAUUCUUUUCAAAUGACUGAACUCAAGAACAUGAUGGCUCAAGUUCUUAAGGGACAGCUCAAGCAUAUCAAUGCAAUAGAAGGGAUGAGUGAUGCUAAUGAAGACAUCAAGAGAAUGCAUGGGAGAUUUCUCUAA